GGGUUUGCGUGUGGCUCGGCUGCCUCGGUUGCGGGCGGGCGCGGGAGGCCCCGGCAGCGCGCUGCGCUGGGCCGAGAGCAGAUAUAAUUCACUUGGAAGAACCUAUGGCUGGCAAGUAAUUGCUGUAAGGCCUGGGAGUUUGACUGGAAACAACACGAGAGUGAAGGUUACAACACUGUGUGGCUUUCUAGAAGAUGACCAUAGAGGAUCUCCCAGACCCUUCCUUAGAAGGAGAUUCCCUSAUUGAGAGAGAACGGUUCUUAUUCCCAAACUCUGAAACAUCUGUUACUUUUUCUGUUGCUGCAGCACCGAUGCCUUCAGAUUGUGAGUUUUCCUUCUUCGAUCCCAAUGAUGCAGCAUGCCAAGAAAUACUCUUCAAUCCCAAAACAUCAGUUUCUGAAUUGUUUGCCAUCUUAAGGCAGUGGGUUCCACAGGUCCAGCAGAAUAUCGAUAUUAUUGGGAAUGAGAUCAUUAAAAGGGGUUGCAAUGUGAAUGACAGAGAUGGACUGACUGAUAUGACCCUCCUGCAUUACACUUGCAAAUCAGGGGCUCACGGCAUUGGUGAUGUUGAAACUGCUGUAAAAUUUGCAACACAGCUUAUUGAUUUGGGUGCUGACAGCAGCUUACGCAGCCGCUGGACAAAUAUGAAUGCCUUGCAUUAUGCUGCCUACUUUGAUGUUCCAGAACUCAUCAGUGUUAUUUUGAAAAAUGCAAAGCCAAAAGAUGUGGAUGCCACCUGUAGUGAUUUUGAUUUUGGAACAGCUUUACAUAUUGCUGCAUUUAACCUAUGCACAGGAGCUGUCAAGUGUUUACUGGAACAUGGAGCAAAUCCUGCCUUUAGGAAUGACAAAGGGCAGAUUCCAGCAGACGUGGUUCCUGAUCCAGUAGAUAUGCCACUGGAAAUGGCAGAUGCAGCRGCCAGUGCAAAGGAAAUCAAGCAGAUACUGCUGGAUGCAGUGCCUCUCUCGUGUGACAUCUCCAAAGCCAUGAUUCCAACCUACGAUCACGUCACAGGCAGGGCCAUGCUUUUAUCGCUUGGCCUGAAGCUGGGAGAUCGUGUUGUGAUUGCAGGMCAGAAGGUUGGUACCUUAAGAUUUUGUGGCACAACGGAAUUUGCCAGUGGCCAGUGGGCUGGUGUGGAGCUGGAUGAACCAGAAGGAAAGAACAAUGGAAGUGUUGGAAGAGUCCAGUACUUCAAGUGUGCACCAAAACGUGGUAUCUUUGCACCUCUAUCCAAAAUAAGCAAGGCUUCUGAUCACAAAAAAAGCCUCAUACGAAGCUCUUCUAUGCGGUCUUCACCUUUGGUCAAAUCCAAGAAAGUAGAUGUGACACACAUAACUUCCAAAGUGAAUUCUGGCCUAAGUAUGGCAAAAAGAGACAAUGCUUCUGAAAACAACUUUAUGACUGCUAACAGGGGAAAAACUGUACCUGCAAAAGAUGGUUUUCCUGGGUACAGCAGCUCUUCAUCUUCUAGUACUUCCUUGGAAGGCAAACGGAAUUACUCCAAGAAGCGGAACUCAACRAGCAGCAGUAAAAAGGCCCUGACCAGAGUGUCUUCUGCCUCAUCUAAGAUUAGUGGGGGGCUGUAUAGUUCCCCACCCAUGAGGAAAAAUGCUCCUGACGCAGAAAUCCAGGUUGGAGACAGAGUACUGGUGGUGGGACAGAGAACAGGCAUUGUUCGAUUUUGUGGGACAACAAAAUUUGCACCAGGAUUCUGGUGUGGAAUUGAAUUGGACAAGCCUCACGGGAAGAACGAUGGCUCUGUGGGAGGAGUGCAGUACUUCAGCUGCCUUCCCAGAUAYGGCAUAUUUGCACCCCCAUCUCGUGUACAGAGACUGACGGGUUCKCUGGAUUCUCUCGCAGAGACUUCGUGGAGUAAAAUAAGUCAUACUUUUCCAGGUUUUAGACGCAGUCUAAGCACCACUUCUGCAUCUUCACAAAAGGAGAUGAACAGAAGAAAYGCCUUUGUUAGAUCCAAGAGCUCCGUGUUGCGGCGCAGCUGGAGCAGCAGCACUGCAGCUCCCUCUGAGGGGCCUGUGAAGCUGCACGAGGGCUCCCAGGUUCUCCUGACCAGCUCCAAUGAAAUGGGGACCAUCAGGUACAUUGGUCCCACAGACUUUGCACCGGGGAUCUGGCUGGGGCUGGAGCUGCGCAGUGCCAAGGGAAAGAAUGAUGGGUCUGUAGGGGAAAAGCGCUACUUCACCUGCAAGCUGAACCACGGGGUCUUGGUGCGACCCAGCAGGGUCACCUACCGUGGCAUUAAUGGAGCAAAGCUGGUGGAUGAUAUUUGCUGAGCCACAGUGUGCUCACAGAGAGGGGAACGAGUAUUUUAAAGCACAAAACAACCCCRCCUAGAAUGCAAACUUGUUUUGAAAUCUUUAAAUCUGCAUUGGCAUUUUACAUAUAUAAGUAUAUAUGUAUGUGUGUGUAUAUAAUAUAUAUAUUUUAUAUAAAUAUAUAUAUAAAAUAGAUUACAAAGGGUUCAGUUACGUUAACAAGUAAAACCACUGCUGAGUUACUCUUACUKUAAUGAGCCUUGUGUGGAAGGUUAUUACAGAAGCAUCUUGGCUUUAAGAUGCUGCAUCACUUGAAUACGGUUCCAAUUGGAGAACUGAGUGUGUGCAGCGUCCUCUAAAGUUCCUGUGUGGUUCAUGCAAUAUUUAAAGGGUUUUUCUCUGUGUAGUAACGAACUGGUAAUGUUUGUGCAUUGCCUGCUUUUGACAGCAGAGGUGGKUGAUGGGUAACAUUAGCCUGGUUCCUGGGCACUUCAUACCAGCUGCUAGCAAUAAGAAAGGAUUAAAAAAAAAAAAAGACAAAAAAAA